AUGAGUGAUUCAGAAGACGACUACAUGUCAGAAGCCAUUCUUGGGAAAACGGAAGAUGUCAAACCAGGUAAUUUUUGCUAUUUUAUAUUAAACUUGUUAGGUAUUGCCACAAGCAGAGAGCACAGAAGACAACUUGAAAUUUCAAAACGGGAGUUUAGAGAACCUCAACUGAAGAAACAUGAAUUGGAAGCACAUAGAAGACACGAAGCCUUGAACAAGCCUGUAUCUUCAGAAAACAAGGGAUUCGCUUUACUGGCCAAGAUGGGAUAUAAACCUGGGAUGAGUCUGGGCAAAGCGAAAGAAGCAGAUGAAGAACGAAGAACUGAACCUAUAGGAAUACAGAUCAAAUUUGGAAGAAAGGGUCUGGGGCACGAAACUCAGGAGAAAGAACAUCAGGUGGAACGAUGUGAAGCUCAUCUAAAGUACAUGGCUGAAAGGGCGAAACAAAGUGUAGGUUUUUAAAAUUUACAUUAUUUUUAAAUUAACUAGUCAUUUUACGACUUAAAAGUUUAGAUUUCUCUUAACUUUUUUUUGCAGGAUGUUUUAGCUGAGGAAUUUCGGAAAAAGAAGCAAGAAGAUGUGGCAACCAAAGUUGUUGUAGCUGACAUAAUGAAGUCUAGGAAAGCUUGUCAAGACCUUGACUUAAGGUAAGAUUUACAUUGUUAUUUGGCAUUAUUUAAAUGUAUAAUAUCAGAAUUUUUUAACAACUUUAAUAUUUUAGGGAAGGAAAAUCAGCUCCAGAAGAUAGGUAUCUAUGGCCUGUGAUACGAGAAGUCGUUGUGGACGAGCAGGAACAGUUUCAGCCGAAACGUUUGAGGUACGAUGUGGAACAAAAGUAUGUGUACAAGUAUUCAACAGGAGAGUUGGCGUACGAAGAGCCAGACUUUUACACAAUGGAUUCUGAAGAAUUGGAUUUUAGGUAAUAGUUCAUUUUCAAUUCGGUUAUUUUGGUCAAAAACUGUAUAGAAAUGUAACAGAAAUUUGUUUUAUAAAUAAUGAUUAUGUAAACGCUUUGGCGUUAUAUUUUUUUAAUGACUUUUUAACUUUUUUAACAAGAUUUAUCAAAUUUAUUACAGGUUAAACGCUGUAACAACGUACCUGCGAUCUCAUCAUCAUUAUUGUGUUUGGUGUGGAUGUACAUACGAAUCAGAAGAAGAUAUCACCGCAAAUUGUCCUGGCUCAAGUAGAACUUGUCAUGAUGAAGAUAACUUUGAAUAA